AUGACCGACAAUGCCCCCCCUCUAAUCCGACCGAUCCCCCGCCGACCAUUCAACCGCAGCGGCAGCAACGACGAUGAUGUCGACGGUUCCCCAUCACUGGCAGGCGCGGACAUCAGCCGCCCACCGUCGACCCGCAACCUCACCGCCUCGACGCUGUCGGGCAUCUUCUCCCCCGCGACCCCGGGGGCGGACGAGGACGGCGACCGGACGUUUGACGUCGCCGUGACCGUCACGCCCGGCACACGGACACCCCUCCGACGCCCCAGCAUCGACGACGUCACGUACGAGCUCAUGAAGCGGCGCUCGCACCCCCAGCGCGGGAGGGCCUACAGCACCGUCACCGUCGACGCCGACCGGGUCGGUCGCAGCCGUCACCCACGCAGCGGCGGCGGCGGCGGCGGCAGCGGCGGCGGAGUGUCCGCCGCGUCGCUGGCCGUCCGGUGCGGUCUGCUCUUCACCCUCGGUCUGGGGUUCGGCGUGGUGCUGGCCCGGUUCGAGAAGGGCGCUGGCUCCGCUGCCGACGCCGGCGCUGCCGCUGCGGCGGCAGACAAGGUCGACCACGCCCGGAGGAACCUGGUCUUCUGGGGCGUCUCGGGCGUUGUGCUGGGCGGCGCCAUGCCGACCUUUGACAGGAUCUGGGCGGCUACGCUCGGCGCAUCCGUCGCGGACGGAAAGCGCCACGACGGCAGCAGUGCCGUCGUCGACGGGGACGACGACGACGACGACGACGACGACGACGGCGAUCAGAAGGACCGCGGGGCGUUGGCCGGUGUCGGUGGCCGGACCACGGAUCUGGCCAUGAUUCUGCGUCCCAUCGGUGUCUUUAUGGGGAUAGUUUUCGCCAUUAGACGUCUGGCUUGGGAUUCGACUCUUCAGGUCGCUUUCACGCUCGCUUCGGUCAACCCUCUCCUGUGGUGGCUGAUCGACCGAUCGGCCGUGGGGCUGGUCCUCUCGGCUGCCGUGGGUGUCGUGGGGUCCGUGGUCCUCCUCGGAACGGACCCGGACAUGAUGCCCGUCCCGUCCGCCAGCCUGGAUGUGCUGCGCGGCGGCGACGGCAGGAUCGGCGCCACGGGCAAUCACUCGGCCGGCACGGCGGCGGCAGCAGCAGCAGCAGCAGCGAGGGGGGUCGAUGCUUUCCCGCUCGCCGCCAUCGUCAGCCAGGAGACUGUCGAGGCGGGAGCUUGGAUGCUCAGCGUGCUCUUCUGCAGCAGUCUCUGUUUUGGGAACAUCGGGAGGAGACUCGCUUGGGAUAAGAAGACGGUCAUGAAGAGUAGAUGGGUCGGGACUCGCUAG